AUGUAUUUAAUCCCUGAUUGGAAUAAUAAACAAAAUAAUAAUUAAUUAUCAUUGAUUUUCUUCACAAAAUUAGUCACUUUGAGAUUGAGGCUACUAAGCGUUUAAUAGCCUCUGCUAUUGAAAUGCAAUUUUACACGAUUUUCAAUUUAAACAUCUUAUUGUUUUAACUACGGACAUCAUCAAAUUGAUUCACAUAAUGGAGGUAUUGUUCCAAAUGUAAUAAUUCCUAUUGAAUAAUAAGCCUUAUCCUUACUUUGUCGUUCUUGUCAUCAAGAUAUGGUAUGAUUGGAAUCCCAUUAUCAAUUUAAAACGCAAAGGAGUAAGCAGAAUUAUCCACUAAGACAAUAUCUUUCAUAUUCCUAUUAAGAAUUCGUAGGUCUUUAAUGUGACAAUUAUUUGAUAUUUGAAUACAAUCGUCUCGAAACAACCUAUAGGAUACAAGGUUUUGUUCUGGAUCUAGAUAGUCAAUAAUUUUGUUCGCAUAGUCUGGAUUUGAGGCAGUGAAAACUAUGAUCUCAUAGAUCUUAGCCAUAUUCCUUAAGAAUUAUUAAGCGUGAGGUCUUAUGCUUAUGCCAACCUAAAAUCGAUUUGCGAUAUACCUAAAAGCUUUUGUCACC